AUGAAUUUCUACCCACCACCACCAGUGAUCAAAGCAGACGUCUGGCUUCGUAUCCCCGACGAUAAGCGUCUCAUUGGCCAAGAGUCAGAAUGGCGCGGGGGAUUUACAGGCUCCUUUCAGCACAUUUUUCUUGAAGGGCCUGUUUUUGAUAGCGUUGGAAAUCUCUACGUUGUGGACAUACCCUAUGGUCGCAUCUUGAGAAUUAGUAAGGAGAAGCAGGUGUCUGUUGCUUGUACUUGGGAUGGCGAACCAAACGGCCUUGUCGGGACCGUGGAUGGAGAUUUGUUAGUGGCAGACUAUAAACAGGGAAUUCUUUCUUUCGACCCCGAGACAGGGGAGAUAGGACCGAAGCUGAAAAGGAAGAAUCUAGAACGAUUCAAGGGUCCAAAUGAUCUAAUUGUCGACUCGAAAGGAAACCUUUACUUUACAGAUCAAGGACAAACCGGAAUGACUGACCCGACAGGCCGAGUCUACCGUCUAUCACCCGAUGGAAAGCUAGAUACACUUCUCGACAAUGGUCCAUCGCCAAAUGGACUCGUUCUGUCUCUUGACGAACGCUUUCUCUAUGUCGCCAUGACAAGAGCAAACCAAGUCUGGCGCUUACCCCUGCACCCAGAUGGAACAACCUCCAAAGCUGGCGUGUUCUUCCAAUCAUUUGGCAAUGCUGGUCCUGAUGGACUCGCAUUAGAUGAGGAGGGCAAUCUUUUCAUCUGUCAUCCAAGUCUUGGAUCAGUUUUUGUGGUUGACAAGGAUGGGGUACCCAAAGCACGGAUCGUUAGUGGAUCAAAGGGAAUUAAUCUUACCAAUUGCUGUUUUGGGGGACCUGAGCACAAGACACUGUACAUCACGGAUAGUCUCGAGGGGAAUAUUCAGACGGUGGAAUGGCAUUGUCGUGGAGCAGUCGCUGCACCGACUCUGAAACAGAUCAAGGAAGAUGAAUAG